AAUUAACUGGGGCAAAGGUACAUAAGCACGUGAUCAAACAGGUGACGGUCAUUGGCGUGUACUUCGUUCUUGCUCGGAGGAGGGUGAAGAUCUUACACGACUUUCAAGUGUCAUUUUUUACUGUCACUAAGAAAAAGCCAUGCUUUUCAAUAAGGUUUUGAGGGCAGGUGUUCAGGCUGGGCUACGGUUUCAGAGCACUAGUGCUCAACCUGGUGUCAGAGUUGCUGCUGCCACCUCCACAUCAGCUCAUGGAGGAUUCUGUUUUGAGUUAACUGACCAGCAGAAAGAGUUUCAGGCGUUGGCAAGAAAGUUUGCACGGGAGGAGAUUAUCCCCGCUGCCCCAGGAUAUGAUAAAAGUGGUGAAUAUCCAGUUCCUCUGAUUAAAAAAGCAUGGGAGCUGGGUCUAAUGAAUGGACAUAUUCCAGAGGAUUGUGGUGGAAUGGGUCUUGGCAUAUUUGAAGCAUGCCUCAUCACUGAGGAGCUGGCCUAUGGCUGCACAGGAGUACAGACAGCUAUUGAGGCAAACUCUCUUGGACAAAUGCCAGUCAUUAUUGCUGGUAAUGAUGCUCAGAAGAAGAAAUAUUUGGGUAGAUUGACAGAGGAGCCACUAAUGUGUGCAUACUGUGUGACUGAGCCGGGUGCAGGGUCUGACGUGGCUGGAGUAAAGACCCAGGCUGUUAAGAAGGGAGAUGACUACGUGAUCAAUGGUCAGAAAAUGUGGAUCACCAAUGGUGGAAAAGCAAACUGGUAUUUCCUGCUGGCCCGUACAAAUUCUGAUCCUAAAUGCCCUGCUAGCAAGGCUUUCACAGGCUUUAUUGUUGAUGCUGACACCCCAGGAGUCCAGCCUGGCAGAAAGGAAAUGAACAUGGGCCAAAGAUGCUCGGAUACAAGGGGCAUCACGUUUGAAGAUGUUGUAGUUCCAAAGGAGAAUGUUUUGAUUGGAGAAGGAGCUGGCUUUAAGAUUGCCAUGGGUGCAUUUGACAAGACCAGACCACCAGUGGCUGCAGGUGCCACUGGUCUUGCACAGAGAGCACUCGAUGAGGCCACAAAGUAUGCUUUGGAAAGAAAGACUUUUGGCAAGCUCAUUGCAGAGCAUCAGGCAGUGUCAUUCAUUCUUGCUGAAAUGGCCAUGAAAGUGGAGCUUGCAAGGAUGGCCUAUCAGAGAUCAGCUUGGGAAGUGGAUCUGGGCCGUAGGAACACGUACUAUGCUUCCAUUGCUAAGGCCUUUGCCGGAGACAUCGCAAACCAGUGUGCUGCUGAUGCCGUCCAGAUCUUCGGUGGAAACGGGUUUAAUAGUGAAUAUCCUGUGGAGAAGCUGAUGAGAGAUGCCAAGAUUUACCAGAUUUAUGAAGGCACUGCUCAAAUCCAAAGGCUUAUUAUCUCGAGAGAGCACUUUGACAGAUUCAAACAAUAAAGCUGUAUACCCAAUCAUGCCAGAA